UGAAGUUAGUUCACUAAAGAUUUCUCUUUGUUUUCUUUUUAAUUUUUUUUUCAAAUACUAGUGUGUGGAAGCAUAUGAACACAGUAAUACUCCUUACACAUAUGAGUAUCACACAUGGGUAAAGAAGAAUAAGUGUGUGUCAUAAAUACAUGCAUACAUUCAUACAUACACAUAAAUAUAUAUAUAUACAACAAGCAUGUAAAAGUAAAGCGUAGACGCGCUUUUUUUGCAUCGCUCUCGUCGGUGUUAUUUCUCACUGCCAACAGGCCAGUUGGUCAUCGGAUGUUGCCGUUAAUUGUAUCGAAUUUAAAACGACGAAGAAAAAGCGGGUGUCGCAUGUUAUUAUUAUCUUAUGGGUUAGUUAUUGUAUAUUUAUUAUCGUCAAUUAUUGCUUCUUAAAAAAUUACGCGUACACCCGACUUUACAAAGAAGCAACAAAUAAUUAAUACUAUAUAUAUAUAUAUAUAUAUACACCAAGAACCCUGAAGACUGUUGAAUAUUUAAAGAUACAGCUACCGAACAGCCGACAUUGACUACGACUGCCUGUGUGUUAGUACCAGCCGACACCGAUAAUCCAAGUUUAGUUAAUAGAAUAAUAAUGAUAAUGUCGUCGUCAGUACGACCCGUAAUAAUUUUUCACCAUCUUGCCAGUAAAAAUAAAUGAAAAAAAAUAUAUUGUUAAAAGAUUAAGUUAAACCAGCUGAUAAGGUGACAAAUGAUUAUUAAUAAAUAAUAAAAAGUAAAUAAAAUAGUUUGUUUUGGUUUUUAAAAUAAGUCAAGGACCUGCGAUAACGAUCAGCACAAAUAAUAAAUUAUAAAAAUAUCAUUUUUAUUUUACUUGGAGUUUAAAUUACGAGCUACUGGAAACUGAUAAGUUUUAGGAAUUAAUCUUGGUAUGAAUCAUAUGGCUUUAGAACCAGGAACAUGGCCACGGUUUUUGAGAGUCCAUUUCUUUCAAACAGACUUAGGCAAAUCGAAGAACGUUACGAGGAACCAGCAACCUUUGGCAGAUGUGAUUGCACAAGCUAUAGUUAUUUAGCUUUAAGCGUUGUAUUAUUUACAAUUGGUACUGCUGUUACUAUUUUGUCACUGGGUGAUGCUGUUGAUGGUCAAAUUUUUUUAAAUCUCGGCCACAUGUGGCUAGUGGGGCCUAUUUUUAUUUGCUCCGGGCUCAUGGUUGCUGUUAAAUGUAUUCUUUAUUUGAGAAAAAAGUCAGUUAUACAAAUGAUUUUUCAUCAGCGACAACUGUUUCGACGUUUACAGGAAUUGGCAAGUGCACAAGGAGUCGGUGGAUCCGGAGCUGGUACAUCUGGUCCACCACCUUAUGAUUCAAUAGCUCAGGGACAAGGGCCCAGCGAAUUGCCACCGCCAACUUACGCCGAAGCUGUUGCGCUUUUACAUCAAAAUGAAAUUCAUGGUGCAAAAUUCUCGAGUGAAACACAAGCAGACAGUAGUCUUUUAUCAGUGGGAACAACUCGAGCCAAACCUUAAAUGCUUCCAAGUAUUUUUAUAUUUGUUGUCAUAAUAAUUACAAACAACUAGUUAUCUUAUUUUUUACACGUACAUGACGUAUGGUACGACGACUGAAAAUAAUCAUUGUAACUAUAAAUAUUGUUUUAUUUUUUUUGCAUCACGAUUAAUAUUAAUGUAGACAAAUAUCCGGGUUUAUUUAAUAUGAGGUCAUUUAUCAAUAAGUGAUAAUUUCAAUAUUUUUUCUUCUUAUAUAUCUUAUUGCCAAUGCCAGUUUUUUCCUCAAUUUUUUUUCCUUAUGAUUAUUUAUUUAUUUUUUUUUUGUCUACAAGAUCAACGGCCACAAGCAUUUUACAAGCUCUUAGUCUCGUUCAAGCUUCACCUCCGGUAAUGAAAGUCUUGAACUAAAUUAGUACUUAACGCUUUUAAUUAAGUCAUUUAAUAAUGCAGCUGUGACACUUUAAUUAUUUUUUAAUUGAAUUUAAAAAUGGUACUGUACAAUUUUAAAUUUACAUUUUUCUUUUGAUCCUGAAGUUAGCAGACAAUUAACAAUUUUCAGAUAUUUUUAUUUUGAGAAUUUAAUAAAAAAAAAAAAAAAUAUCCACGUGUAGAAAAUUAAAAAAACUAUAAGUGCAAUUUUCUAAAAUAUUUUUUUUUUUGAUUUGUCGUUUUAAAAAAUAUCCAAAAAUUAUUAGCCAUCGGCUAGUUUCAGUAUAAUUUUUUAUGUGUGAAUGUAGGAGACAUCAGACAAAUUUAAAACUAUAAAUAAAUAGAGUAAAUAAUUUAGAAAAUAAUAUUUAUAAAAAAUGCACUUAUUAAUUUCAAAAUUUUUUAAAUGCGCAAUUUUUUUAAAUUUAAUUUUAUUAAUUAUUUACUCUUUAUUAAUGAUCCUGAAGUCAGCAAACAAUUAAAAUUUUAGGAUUUUUUUUUUAACAAAUUAAUCAUAAAAAAAAAAAAUAAACUAAAAAAAUGCACUUGUAGAAAAUUAAAAAAACUAUGGGUGCAAUUUUCUCAAAUAUUUUUCCUUUAAAUUUAUCGUUUUUAAAAAAAUCAAAAAAUUAUUAGACCGCUUAAUGUCAGUAUCAAUUUUUUUUUUUGGUUUCUUAACUGUUGUAAAUUAAAAUAAUUAGGUACAGGUUUGUAUUUAACAUUCCUCGUACAGAUGUGGUUACUAAUAAACUGUGAUUUCAGUCGAAGGCGCUAAGUUACUUUUUUUUAAAAUUGUCGAGACUACAAAUGUGUUCGAGUUCUCAAACAUAAACAAUAACACGUGCAAAAAUUUUUUACAGUCAACGUUAAUUCGAACUUUUUUUUUUUUUUUUU